AUGAGUCUACGAAUAUCGACGCUCGAUCCGAACGAGCCCCGAGCCCUCAAAGAUUGUCGAACCUGUAAUAGGCGACGGAUCCGAUGCGACCGAUCAUUGCCCACGUGUAAGAAAUGCGCCCUCAAGGACCUGACCUGUCCUGGGUACGGCCUGAGGAUUCAGUUCGGGCAGGGAGUGGCAAGUCGAGGCAAACUGACGGGCAAAACGCUGCCUGUCCUGGAACCAGCUCCUCCUCAUCAGCCGCCACCGCCUGCGUCCUACACCAGGGAUAGUCCCAAAAGAGCGGCCCCCGGCGAGUUCUUGGAUUCACGAGAUGAUGGCCUCGACUCUUUCUUGCUCGCAGGGAACGAGCCAAUCACUGUGCCAUCCACUCUCCGCGAUGCAUUCCUACCCAGCCUCGACGAGACCACUCUCCACAAUCCCUUUGCGCUAAAUCUCGAUCCGUCAUCGUAUGCGCUGCCUCCGUAUCUCCAAAAUAGGCCGGUUAGACAGCUGGUCCUCUACUACGACCAUGUGGUGGCUACGGUCAUGCCCUGGGUCGAUGGACCGGAGAAUCCGUGGCGGACGGUGAUGAUUCCUCUUGCCAUGCGUUCGCCUUCGCUGCUUCUGGCCCUCCUAGCACUGUCCUCUAGGCAUUAUAGUACCAGAUCACAAUCACCUUGGCCCGGGGACUACGACUUUGGGUCGAGCAAAUACCGCGACCAAAGCUUGCGGCUCCUUGCCGAAGACCUGCGAACAGAGCUUGCAGAAGAAGCGAGUGUGGAUCGUCACGCUCGAGCCAGCGGCAUAUUGGCCACCAUCCUGGUUCUCUGCAACCUAGAGAUGAUCCGAAGCGACUCGGAAACAUGGAGUGUCCAUUGGAAAGCUGCCAGGACAAUCACUCAGCGCUGGACGGACACCAACCUUACAGCCACGGAUCUUGAUGAGACAUGUCGCUUCCUGGUCAAAGAAGCCUUUGUCUACGACGUCUUUGGCUCAUCCACCACGUUCGACGCUGACGGCCAGAUCCCCGGCACGGUUUUGACCGAAGCGGACGCGCACGUCUUUACGGAUUGGCUGCAGCUGGUCCAAGAAGUAACGUGCGCUGAAAGACGGCGUCAUCACAAUGCGUCGCCCAGCCAGGUUCCGCCAGACCUGGCAAAUAUGCGCAUCCUGCAAGACAGGUUCGAUUACGCACGAAAUCGAACUCUGGAGUUCAGCAAGAGUCUUGAAUUUGGCACACCGGAGUUGUAUAGCGACUUUGUAGUACUGGUUGAUAUUUUUCACUACGCGGGGCUUGCAUAUAGCUUCCAGGCUCUCCUGGAUCCCCAGGACUUUGCUCCCGUCAUAGAAACCUGCAUCAGUGGAGUCAUGACGAAAAUCGCCGAAAUUCAGAACAAGGAGGCGUACCAGCACGACCUGGUAUGGCCGUUGUUUGUCGUCGGAACACAAAGCAGGCUGAACAAGAACACACAAGCGUUUGCCGAUGCAAAGCUCCUUGAGGUGAUGCAGUCGACUGGCUUCUCCAACUGCUACCCAGCGCUCAAGUUUCUCCGGCGCUUUUGGAAGAGCGAUCCCCAUGUCGUGGUUGACUGGAUGCAAUUCGCCCGACAGGAAGCAAGCCAGGGUUUGAAUUUCCUGGUCAUAUGA